GCUCCCGCCGCCGAGGCGGCUCAUGUUCCAAUCCCCGGCUGGCGCCACGCGGGGCAGGGAACGCUCCCGCUCACCCUGCGCGGGGCAGGGAACGUUCCGCUCGCGCGGCCCGGGUACGUUGGAGACCGUUGGCCACUCGUGGGGCCCCAGGUUGGGGUUAGUGUCACGCGCGGGCUUUGCCCGUGGUGACGUCACCGGCCGCGCUCUACUCUCACUCAGUCGGCGUUUCCCGACCGCGUGCAGCAGUUUGAGCUCAGCCCAGCGGUUCCACCCAGUCAGUUAGUGGCCAGCAGUAGUAGCGGCGGUAGUGAGCUCCCGUUAGCGACGCCUCUUACGCCCCGCCCUGCCCCAUGUUCGGACCUGAUAAGCAGUCGGGGCAGCCGAAGCUGGACUGCGGUGGCAGGUUCGGGAAUAUGGCGUCUGUGGGGGAAUUUAACUCGUUCAGCGCUAGCAUCCCGGCCACCAAGGUGGAGCUGUCUGUGUCCUGCAGAAACCUUUUGGACAGAGACACAUUUUCAAAAUCUGAUCCAAUAUGUGUUUUGUAUACACAAGGUAUUGGAAGCAAAGAAUGGAGAGAGUUUGGAAGAACAGAAGUAAUUGACAAUACUUUAAAUCCAGAUUUUGUAAGAAAAUUCAUCAUGGACUACUUUUUUGAAGAAAGAGAGAACCUGCGGUUUGAUUUGUAUGAUGUUGAUUCAAAGAGUCCCAACCUAUCAAAGCAUGAUUUUUUGGGACAAGUGUUUUGUACACUAGGAGAGAUAGUUGGAUCACAGGGAAGCAGACUGGAAAAGGCAAUUGCAGGAAUUCCUGGGAAGAAAUGUGGAACAAUCAUACUGACAGCAGAGGAGCUGAACUGUUGCAGGGAUUCUGUACUUAUGCAGUUUUGUGCAAACAAGUUAGACAAGAAGGACUUCUUUGGGAAAUCUGACCCUUUCCUAGUAUUUCAUCGAAGCAAUGAAGAUGGCAGUUUUACAAUCUGUCACAAGACAGAAGUUGUAAAAAAUACAUUAAAUCCAGUGUGGCAGGCAUUCAAGAUCUCUGUCAGAGCGCUGUGUAAUGGAGACUAUGACAGAACGAUUAAAAUAGAGGUGUAUGAUUGGGAUAGAGAUGGAAGCCAUGAUUUCAUUGGAGAAUUCACAACAAGUUAUAGGGAAUUGUCUAGAGGGCAAUCACAGUUCAAUGUGUAUGAGGUAAUAAAUCCAAAGAAAAAAGGAAAAAAGAAAAAGUAUAUUAAUUCUGGAACAGUAACAUUGCUUUCCUUCCUAAUUGAAACAGAAGUUUCAUUCCUCGACUAUAUUAAAGGCGGAACCCAAAUCAAUUUCACAGUGGCUAUUGAUUUCACAGCAUCAAAUGGUAACCCUGCACAGCCCACCUCGCUCCACUAUAUGAACCCGUACCAACUGAAUGCUUAUGGCAUGGCACUGAAAGCAGUAGGUGAAAUCAUUCAAGAUUAUGAUAGUGACAAAAUGUUUCCUGCUCUAGGUUUUGGGGCUAAGCUGCCCCCAGAUGGAAGAGUAUCACAUGAAUUUGCUUUGAAUGGAAACCCUCAAAAUCCCUACUGCAAUGGAAUUGAUGGUGUAAUGGAGGCAUAUUAUAGAAGUUUAAAAUCUGUACAGCUUUAUGGACCAACAAACUUUGCUCCAGUAAUUAAUCAUGUCGCAAGAUAUGCUUCCUCGGUAAAAGAUGGCUCCCAGUAUUUUGUUCUUCUCAUUAUUACAGAUGGGGUUAUUUCAGACAUGGCUCAAACAAAGGAAUCAAUAGUUAACGCAUCAAAGCUUCCAAUGUCAAUAAUUAUAGUAGGAGUUGGACCAGCAGAGUUUGAUGCUAUGGAAGAAUUGGAUGGUGAUGUAGUCAGAGUCUCCUCAAGAGGAAAAUAUGCAGAAAGGGAUAUUGUACAGUUUGUGCCAUUCCGGGAUUACAUUGACAGAAGUGGAAACCAUAUAUUGAGCAUGGCCAGACUUGCUAAAGAUGUCUUAGCUGAGAUCCCAGACCAGUUUCUCUCUUACAUGAGGGUCAGAGGAAUCAAGCCAUCACCUGCACCACCUCCAUACACACCCCCUCUUCAUGUGUUACAGACUCAGAUAUGACUACUCCAAAAUGGUUAACACUUGCCACAAACCAUGUAGAGCUACUGAGUCAGUGCUUCAGUACUGGUGCACUUUAAAGAACCAGUGAAUCGAGACUGUUGUCUGUCUGGAUGAAGUAGUAGCUUGUGAUAGGUUUUUGGAUCGAAACAAAUUCUCUUCAUAUACCAAAAUUCUCAAUAUGGUUGCAUGAGCAACUGAAAACGCUAUUCUCUUCAAGUCUUAUUUUUUUCCUGACUGAAAAAGCUACUUUUUCAUUUAUUUGUUGGGAGAAAGCACAAGUCACAGUUUCAACUCAGAAGAUAUUGUUCUCCCUGACUACCGUGUGUAUAUAAAUAUAUAGGAAUGCAAUUCCUCUGUAUCAAUGUUUACAUGUUACUACUUUUUAAAUUUCAAUACUUUUAUAAAUAUUCUUAAGAAUAAGAGUUUGGAAUAUUGAAUCAUGUGUCUUCUAACUUACAAUAGUUAUAGCCACAGGAGAAGCAAUAUCUCUUUGAAUGAUUGUCCAGACAAAUAAAAGUGCAGAACUAAAGAAAGAGGACAAAUACAUUCAUAUUUCUCAAUAAUUGAAUUGCUUCACGUAAGUGCUUAGUAGUCAAUUCAUCUGUCAAAAUUUAAAACAGUAUUUGAGAAUAAAAUCUGGAGAUGUGAAUACUGUAACUGUAUUUGACUUACUAAUAAAGCUAAGCCUCAGGAAGGGGAUUAUGUAUUUUUCAGAGAUACUCCAAUUUCUAAAUUUAUGUAAGUUUACAUUUUUUAAAAUAGGUUUUGCUGGCUGACUAGAACUUGCAUACUAAACGUAAUUAAAGAAGAAUUACCUCAAGUCCCAUAGCUGACUUACUUAACUUAGUAGAAUCAUCUCAUACUUUGCUUAAUAGCAUUAGCACUUUUGCAUCUUAAAACUAUUUUCAAGUGAUUACAACAGACUUUUUAUAAUGAACCGUUUUAACGCCCAUUUGAAAUGUAAAGUUGUCACCUAUUGUCUAGAUUGCCCAUUCAAAGGGAUGCUGGCUCUUAAUAUUUGGAUUCAAUUGUUGUCAUCUAAUCACAUUGCUAUUCGAAGUGCACAGAUGCUAAUAUUUCAUGAAUUAACUGAUUUUAAAAUUGCACAGCCAUAUUGCUUUGUGCACAAUAGUUUUGUGUAUUUAACAACCCAACAUUUUACUAUAUGCCUGUUCGUAUCUAAUUAUAAAAUGUUUUGCAUGUACAGUUUUUACAAGAAAUUCACAGUAUUGUGAGUAUAUGUGUCAAAGAUGCAUUAUAUUUAGAAUAAAUGGCCUUAAAUCUCACAAAAUUCCUGGAAAUGAUUGUGAAUUGCCUUCAAAUUCUGUUAAGACUGAAAAAUGUUUUAUUUUUUGUGUCAUCAUUGUAAUUACCUUGUAAUGUGACUUUGUUUUCUUUACAUAUAACUGGUUUAUUACUUUGUUUCUUACUUCUAUAUGUCGUACUAUACAGUAUCAAGGUAAGGCACAUUUUUUAAGCAUGAAAAGAGAUUUUUUUUCAGAAAAACAUAUUUGCAGUAUCAAUGACCUAUAACUAUGUAAGUGCAGAAUCUUCCAUUUUGAAAUAUAUUAAAACUUAAAAUUAAUAUCUCACAUUGUAUAUUACUUUUUUCAGAUAACUAUUCUGUCAUAACAAGGACUUUCUUGUAAGAACAAAUAUUAUUUUAAUUUUAUUUCAAACCAGUUUUUACGUAAGAAUGAAGUUACAUUUUUUCACAAAAAUGUGUGAUUUUUAGUGGGCUUGUGUUGCGUGAAUGAAAUUUAAUAUCUGGCAACUACUGCUAUUAAGGAGAGAACUUCAUAAAAACUAUGUAUUAAUCUACAUUGUUAUUUUCCCUUCUAUGCUCUAAAUUAAUUUUAAACAUGCCAUCAUUUCUUUAUAGGAUGUUUUUAAACAUUGUAUCAAUAAGCACUUCACAAGUAAUUAAAGCAAAUU